AUGGCCUCCCAUCUCCCGGCUACCCCCGGCUCCACGAAAGCCCCGGAUCAGGGUCCCUUCAGGCUGUCGUUCUUGGAGGUGCGGCGGGGCCGGCUGUUGCCCUCGCCUGACCCCCUGGCCUUGGACAGGGAGGCGUCACCACCCGAAAAGCACUGGACGCCAGAGAAGACAUUAUGGAACGAGAAGACGUCCUGGGGUGACCAGGAGCCACUCUCCAAGAUCCCAUUUAAAAUUAUGAAGGGACACCAGCACAUUGUGAGUUCCUGUCACUUCUGUGUGGAUGAUACCAAGCUCCUCAGUGGUUCCUAUGACUGCACCGUGAAGCUGUGGGAUGCCAUGGAUGGAGCUGUCGUUCGGGAUUUUGAGCCGGCGCCCGGAGCUCCUGUUAUUGAGUGCAGCGUCACAGCUGACAGCAGAAGAAUUGUUGCAGCAUCCUAUGACAAAACGGUGAGGGCUUGGGACCUUGAAACAGGCAAGCUGCUGUGGAAGCUCAGUCAUGAAACCUUCAUCGUCUCCUGUAAGUUCUCCCCUGAUGGUAAAUACGUGGUGUCAGGCUUGGAUGUGGACUGCGGCAUCUGUAUAAUAGAUGCGAAAGACACCACCACCGUGUCCCACAUCAAAGAUCAUCACGGGAUGUCGGUCACCGCGUGCUGCUUUGACCCCGACAGCCAGAAGGUGGCUUCCGUCUCAUUCGACAGGAGCAUCAAGAUCUGGGAUGUUACAUCUCAGGCCACACUGCUCACCAUCACCAAGGCACAUACCAAUGCAAUCUCAAACUGCUGUUUCACCUUCAGUGGCCAUUUCCUGUGUACAAGCUCUUGGGAUAAAACCUUAAAAAUAUGGAACGUCCAUACAGGGGAGUUUCGGAACCGCGGAGCUUGUGUGACUCUGAUGCAGGGCCACGAAGGUUCUGUGAGCUCCUGCCACUUUGCCAGAGACACUUCUUUUCUCGUGUCUGGAGGAUUCGACAGGGUUGUGGCUAUUUGGGAUGUAGGAGAAGGCUACCGGAAGCUCUUCCUCAAGGGCCAUACUGACUGGGUGAUGGAUGUUGCCGUUAGCAAUGACAAGAAAUGGAUCCUGUCUGCUUCAAAGGAUAGGACCAUGAGGCUAUGGAAUAUUGAAGAAACUGACCAAAUUCCUUUGGUAAUCGAGUACAAGAAGGCCCUGGGCUUAAAGAUGAAACAGUGUGAAGAAUGUGACAGGCCUUUCUCCACCUAUGAAAGUGACCUCUUCCAUGAAACUGUCACCAAAUGUGUAUUCUGCCGGAUGGAUGCAAAAGACGUGUCAGCAGAGGCCUUGCCAUCAUCAGAAGGGGAGGAUUUACUGGCCAGGGGGUGCAGCCCGGACAAGGAUGGCUGA